UUCUCCCACCACCAUCCCUCUUUAACUAACUGGGAUGGGCAGAAGAGGAUAGGGAGACUGGGAGAGAUGAGUUCUAUCGCCAUCAGCUUUCACCUUUCAUUGCCCCGAACUUCAAAGCUCCAUUCUUGCCGAACUCCCCUUCCCUUCCCAUCUUCCAGUGGAACAAACCCAAAACGCAUAUCUCUAUGGGUUUGUUCUUCUUCAAAGCCCGCCCCCAAUUCUAACCCCUCAGCAGACAGUAAUCCCAGUAAUUUCUGCAUUAUUGAAGGGCCAGAGACUGUUCAGGAUUUUGUUCAGAUGCAGAUGCAGGAAAUCCAAGAUAAUAUUAGGAGUAGGCGCAAUAAGAUAUUUCUCCUAAUGGAAGAGGUGAGGAGACUAAGAAUACAGCAGCGCUUAAAGGGCUUGAAAGUUGAUGAGACUGGUGAAGAAGAAAAUGAGAUGCCAGAUAUCCCAUCUUCAAUUCCUUUUCUUCCCAACAUGACGCCAAAGACAUUGAAGCAGCUUUACCUUACAAGCUUUUCGUUCAUAUCUGGAAUUAUUGUAUUUGGAGGGUUACUAGCACCAAUUCUUGAGCUGAAAUUAGGUUUAGGUGGGACCUCUUAUGAAGAUUUCAUACGCAACUUGCAUUUGCCUAUGCAACUAAGUCAGGUCGACCCCAUAGUGGCCUCGUUUUCAGGUGGGGCCGUCGGAGUUAUUUCAUGUUUGAUGCUAAUUGAAGCAAACAAUGUUGUGCAACAAGAGAAGAAAAGGUGCAAAUAUUGCCAUGGAAGUGGAUACUUGGCAUGUGCACGUUGUUCUGCAAGUGGUAAAUGCUUGUACAUUGAGCCCAUCUCAGUAAACAGUGCUUCUAACAAGCCAUUACGUGCUCCAACACUUCAAAGAUGUCUUAAUUGCUCUGGGGCAGGAAAGGUGAUGUGCCCGACGUGCCUUUGCACUGGGAUGGUGAUGGCAAGCGAGCAUGAUCCUCGAAUAAAUCCAUUUGAUUAGGAAAUAGAGAAUCGUUUUGUGUUAUAUACUUGUAUCUUAAUUUAUUUCAAGCAAAUUACUACUUUAAAGCUGAAUUGUACCUUCAAAAUUGGAUUAUACUACCUGGGUAUUGUAAACUAAAAACUUCACUCUGGAUGCCCUUUUAUCGUAAGUAUAUAAGCUUCCGUAAUGGUUGG